AGCUGGAAUGGAGCAGAAGCGGACCGGGCUCCGGAGGGCACGCAGCUGACGGAGCCGCGCCGCGUUCGCCUCGCCUCGCCGCCUGCCACCGGAGCCUCCGGGGCCGAGCGUGCCCAGCCGUGCGCGCCUCCCGGUGCCACCGCAGCCCGCCAGGCAGAGGAGGAGCCGCCUGCGUCCGGUGCGCUCGGUCAGUCCCAGCAAACUCCCUGCCGCCAGCUCCGGGCUCGGCACCAGGCACCAGGGUACCAUGGUCUGCAAGACUCUCUUCGCUCUUUGCAUCUUCACGGCAGGAUGGAGGGUACAGAGUGUGCCUACAUCGGUCCCCUUGCCUGUUUCUCUUCCAGCAAAAAUUACCACACCGACCACCAUCUGGACUGGCUCUCCACAAAACACUGCCGCGGUCACUGCCUCCCCAUCCAACGGCACUCACAGCAACUCGCUACUCCCAGUUACAGCAGCAGCCCCAACAUCUCCGCUCCCCAAGAACAUUUCCAUAGAGCCCAGGGAUGAGGCGACCACCAACCCAGCUCCGAAUUGGGAAGGCACAAACACAGAUCCCUCACCUCCUGGGUUUGCGUCAACAAGCGUUGGAGUCCACUUAGCACCCACGCCCAAGGAACACAGCUCGGGCGCUCCUGAAGCAAGCGUGCCAGCUACAGGGUCGCAGUCCCCCACUGAGUCUCCCACACUCAUCUCCCCUCAACCUCCAGCCUCAUCACCCUCAUCCCUCUCGACCUCACCACCUGAGGUUUCUUCUGCCUCCAUCACCACCGACCACAGCUCCACUGUGACCAGCACGCAACCCACAGGAGCUCCAACCACACCAGAGUCCCCAACAGAGAAGCACAGCUCUGGCCACCCACCCACUUCACAUGCCACAGCCAAGCCAGUGCCCAAGGAGAAAACUCCUGUGCCAACCAAAGGGACAUGUGAGCCGAUAGACACCGAGACCACCACCACCCUCCCCAGGGUGAUUAUGCAGGAAGUGGAACAUGCAUUAAGUUCAGGCAGCAUUGCCGCCAUCACGGUGACAGUCAUUGCCGUGGUAUUGUUGGUGUUUGGAGUUGCAGCAUACCUGAAGAUCAGGCACUCCUCCUAUGGAAGGCUUUUGGAUGACCACGACUACGGGUCCUGGGGAAACUACAACAACCCUCUCUACGACGACUCCUAACAAAGGAAUGUGUCCUGGGAUGAGGAAUAACUGUUCUUUAUUUAUAAGUGCUUAUCCAGUAGAAUUAAUAACAAGUACCUGAUGCACAUUGAAUGACAAUCUUAAGCCCUGUUUUGUUGGUAUGGUUGUUUUUGUUUUCCUCCCUCCCUUCCAGCUGCUACAACUUCCCAUUUCUGGUACAAAAAGAACCAUUAUUUAAAGAUGAGUGGAGGCUGAUUUGCAGUUGAAAUGGGUCAACCUUGCAUCAGCCAGGCCAGACCACCAUGGUGAAGGAUCUGCCCCCAUCACAGGACCCUCUUUGAGAAGAACUGAGCAAGAGAGAUUGGAUUUUGUUGGGAGUUACUUUUAGGGGAACUUUUUGUUUGUGGUAGUUCUUAAACUUUCUAUUUAGAAAAUUACAUUAAAUAUCAAUGAGGGGAAAGGAAAUGAGUCCUGGGACAAUUUCACCCUGCAUGUGAGGAAGCAGGGGUUUUUCAGAUGCCUUUUUAAUCUCUGCUUAUCGGGUUGUAUCUGAUAGGAUGCCUGCUUGGCUCUGCAAGUGGGAGAGCAGCUUCUUAGCGGCCGGCCGAAUUAAUGAAAGAUGAAAAUAGGAAGUGCCCUGGAGGAGGCCAGCAGGUGCAAGGCACAGGGUAGCAGGUUUCUCCGCAUUUCCUCUACCUGUUCUCCCCUGCAGCUGGGAUCCCCGCCCACAAGCUUUAGGCACUAUUGUCAUUCCAAAGGAGAAGGCUGUGAGCUGAGCUUAGUUAUAGAGGAGAAAGGGAGAGGCAUGCUGAGUGAGCACACAGUGGGUGAGUGGAGGAGGGCAGGAGGGAAAGAAGGACACUACCAUGCACUGAGCACCUCAUUAGGGCAAGGGGGAACCAGCUCUCAAUAACUGCCAGAGACAUCCACUGCUUGGAGGAGCCCAGAAAAUCCCUGCUUUUUACCCAUGAAGCAACUGGUUCACUGCCUUACUGUCUCUUGGAUAAUGGCUGUAAACUGUUAAAAGAGAGAGAGAGAGAGAGAGAGAGAGAGACUCUAGUCUGUCUGCAGUUGCUUAGUGAGGCCUUCCCAUAGGUAACAGACAUGAUUAAUCUGUUUAUUCUUCCCAUACAUUUACCUUACUAAUUCUUCCCUUUAAUAAAUGAACACUCCUGGGUAUAUAGUCUUAAAAUCCUGCACAACAAAUUUUGAGAAAGAACUGUUCAUCUUUGUAAGCAUUGAUUUAUUUGCAGACAUUUUCAACCAGGAGGUGAUUUUGCCCCCUCCCUACCCCGGAAAUUUGAAAAUGUCUGAUGACAUUUUUGAUUGUCAUGACUUGGGGAUGCUACUAGUGGCCAGAGGCCAGGGAUGCUUCUAAAUAUCCUAUCUGUGCAUGCACAGGACAACACGCCACAACAAAGAAUCAUCUGACCCAAAAUGUCAAUAGUGCUGGGACUGAGAAACCCAGAUUGGUUGCAACGCCCAUUGUGCCAGAACAAAACACUCACUUUUUUAUUUUUAACAAAAUGAAAUGUGUUAAAUUUUUAGCUCCAACGUGUUUCCUUUGUUAGCUGAUGGGUUGGUUUUUGGCAUGCAUGGUCGCCUUUUUAUUUUUAUGUGUUUUCUAGAGAGCAAGCUUUAUUUCACGGCUACAACUCUGUCCUAGAACAUCUGAUAUCAGCAACUAGCAUCUUCUAUCCUGAUUUCAUGUAGUAGAACACAUACAUUGGGGCCUGUUUCAGAACGUGUUAUAUUAUCCUACAACAAUGUGAUAAAGAACUUGAAACUGUAUUAAUUUUUAUUUCUAACCUUGGGCCUUGCUGCCAUGACUCGGUUUAGUUUAGAGAAAUGACCCUGGGCUCAUCCUUUUGCUCACUGUGGUACUGACAUGAAGUACCACAAAGUACUGACAUGAACACCACCCCUGCCAUGCUUUUUCUCACCCCUCUGGUGGUUAGUGACACCAGUGCCACUUUCCACAGCCUGCCACCCCACACUCUGAAAGAAAAUGAUCCCUAAACUCUUUAGGUACCAAAGGAGAAUGAGCAAGCCCCAAAGGUAUUUUCCAACCAGGAUGGGUGGUGAGGAGUGGGUUGCCAGGAAUUAUAAUAUCUCUGAAUAUGAAAAACAAAAGACAAAAAAAAGUGGACCUUCUCAGGAAAAUGGCAAAGAGUGGCCUACGGUGCCCCCCGACAGUGUUUGGUUUCAGUAAUUGUCCUUCUUCCCCACCCAGCCCCCUUCUAGGGCUUUCAAUUUGGCAAAUGGCAAGCCAAUGACAACAGGACAUUCAUACAUUUUUUUCUUUCUCAGCUAAAAACAUUUUGACAAAAUAUCAGUAAACACCUUUGGAGAAGUGCACUUCUGGAUGGAGCUUCUGCCAUAAAUACUGGGUCAGGGGGACCAGCCUCUUCCCAGGAACCCUGGUCUAUUAUAAACCCUGGACGCAGCAAGCAAGUUUCCUUACGGAAGGCUGACAUUGUGCAAGAGCACGUGAUGGGUGUGUUGCUCUCGUUAACUUCCAAAUGCUUACAGCAAAGGGAAGGAUCUGGGGCUAAAGCAGAUGCAUUCAUAACAAUCCUUGUUAUGUCACUAUAAAAUACCUAAGGGUUGAACCUUAUUUUGCCAAAUGUAUUUUUUCUGCUUUUCAUUUGGUCAAAGGAUUUUAGCAACUGUAUUCUACAAAUAUUACUUAAAAUACACACACAUCUGAAAUAUAUGCUGACAAUUGAUGUCCUUUACCUCAGGGAGAGUCUGUUCAAAUCUACCCAAGGGAAACAGCUCCAGUGGAUCUAAACAACCACAUCCCGUUUGUGGAUAGGACUCGCCAUUACGCUUUAGAGAGAAUGUCAGAGCAGGAGGGAGGCAAGCAGCCUCUUCUCAAUCAUAGAUUGCAAGUAAUGGAAGAAUGGGGUUCAAAUUUGUUUUCUUCUCCAGAGGCCCUGGUGAAACCUCCUGCCCUCCCUGCACAUCUGUGUCUUCGUUUCUAAAAUCGGGGUGAUGCUUUCGUAUUGACCUCACCCCAGACUACCUCACAAAUGUUUUGUGAGGAUUGAUGAGAUGGUGUCUACAGUGUUUUCAGUUCCUGGAGAAAAAUAUGUAUAGACAUUUAAAGUAUUACGUAGAUAUAUAAGUGAUCUCAGUUUAUUGUUUGCUGUUAUACUGGUGUGUUACUCUAUAAAUGUCAGUUGUGUCAUAGCCACAUUAGACAGCUGUUACAGCCCUGGACUACCCCCGAUGUAGCUGACUGCCUAUAGGGUUAACCGUGCCUGGGAUCACAAAUGGUGGUCUCCAUCUGCAAAUGAAAGGAUAGCCCAGGACACAGGUCUCACAGACUCUUGAGUCAGGAUCCAGGAGGUUAGGGUAACAGAAUGGAUGCCUGAGCACUAACAGCAGUAAACCUCUGCCUUUACCAUCCUGAGGGCUUCUGGAUUCUUUGUGGAGCUGAUUUUGGUUUGAUGUCAUCUGUUUGCCCUUCAUCUUGCUUGCAAGUGAGCAUGGUUCAAUCCCUCGCAUCUGGGAAAUGAAUUUUGCAACUGGGCCAGAUGCUAAUUUGCACGUUGAUUCACCUUCUUUGCCUUUAACUUUUUUUUUUCAUUGUUUGACAAAUCAAUGUACCAUUUCAAGUUUGAUUUUAAAAGUACUAAUUGAUAUUGGUAAUAGCGCUACCCAAGAGACCAGUGCCAGAUUUCUGUCUUGGGUGAGUUAGCUGAUGUCAUUUAAAGAUGGAAAGAUGUGCAACUUCUUUGAUAUUUGAUGUCAUUGUAUCUACAUUUGUUGUAAGACAUAUUGCAUACCAAUUAUAAUUAUAUCAAUUAAAGUUGCUAAAAGCUUGU